AAUGGCUUGUUCUGAGGAGCAAGGAGGUGUCCCCUGUGGCUUCAUCCGCCAGAAUUCUGGCAACUCCACGUCUUUGGACUUUGAGCCAGACGCAGAGUACCAGUUUGUGGAGCAGCUGGAAGAGCGCUACAGAUGUGCCUUCUGCCGCUCAGUGCUUCACAACCCCCAUCAGACGGGCUGUGGGCACCGCUUCUGCCAGCACUGCAUCGUGUCCCUGAGAGAAUUAAACGCAGUCCCACUCUGCCCUGUAGAUAAGGAGGUGAUCAAAUCUCAGGAGGUGUUUAAAGACAAUUGCUGCAAAAGAGAAGUCCUCAAUUUAUAUGUAUUUUGCAAAAAUGCUCCUGGAUGUAAUGCCAAGGUUAUUUUGGGACGAUACCAGGACCACCUUCAGCACUGCUUAUUCCAAGCUGUGCAGUGCUCUAAUGAGAGCUGUCGGGAGCCAGUUCUUCGCAAAGAUCUGAAAGAGCAUUUGAGUGCAGACUGUCCGUUUCGAGAGGAAAAAUGCCUUUAUUGCAAAAAGGAUGUGGUAGUCAUCAACCUACAGAAUCAUGAGGAAAACUUGUGUCCUGAGUACCCAGUAUCUUGUCCCAACAAGUGUUUGCAGAUUAUUCCAAGAACUGAGGUGGAUGAACACCUUGCUGUGUGUCCUGAAGCUGAACAAGACUGUCCUUUCAAGCACUAUGGCUGUACUGUAAAGGAUAAACGAGGAAACCUGCAGGAGCAUGAGCAUUCAGCCUUACGGGACCACAUGCUUCUGGUUUUAGAAAAGAACUUCCAGUUAGAAGAACAGAUUUCUGACUUAUAUAAGAGCCUAGAACAAAAAGAAAGUAAAAUCCAGAAGCUAGCAGAAACCGUAAAGAAAUUCGAAAAGGAGUUCAAGCAGUUUGCACAGCUGUUUGGCAAAAAUGGAACUUUCCUCUCAAAUAUACAGGUUCUUGCCAGUCACGUUGACAAGUCCGCUUGGCUAGAAGUUCAGGUGCGUCAGUUAUUACAAAUGGCUAACCAGCAACAAAAUAAACUUGAACUGAGGCCUUUGGUGGAAGCGAUUGAUACAGUGAAACAGAAAAUCACCCUGCUAGAAACCCAUGAUCAAAGAUUAGUUGUUUUGGAAGGGGAGACUAACAAACAUGAUGCCCACAUUAAUAUUCAUAAAGCACAGCUGAAUAAAAACGAAGAGCGAUUUAAGCUGCUCGAAAGUGCCUGCUAUAACGGAAAGCUCAUCUGGAAGGUCACAGACUACAAGCUGAAGAAGAAGGAGGCGCUGGACGGACACACAGUAUCCAUCUUCAGCCAGCCCUUCUACACCAGCCGGUGUGGCUACAGGCUCUGCGCUAGAGCGUACCUGAAUGGGGACGGGUCCGGGAAGGGGACGCACCUGUCGUUGUACUUUGUGGUGAUGCGAGGGGAGUUUGACUCACUGUUGCAGUGGCCAUUCAGGCAGAGGGUGACCCUGAUGCUUUUGGACCAAAGUGGCAAAAGGAACCACAUUAUGGAGACUUUCAAGGCUGACCCCAAUAGCAGCAGCUUUAAAAGACCCGAUGGGGAGAUGAACAUUGCCUCUGGCUGUCCACGCUUCGUGGCUCAUUCCACUUUGGAGAAUGCCAAGACCACCUACAUUAAAGAUGACACCCUGUUCUUGAAAGUGGCUGUGGACUUAACUGACCUGGAGGAUCUCUAAUCACUGCUUCUGGGGUGAUAAAAGGACUCCUUGAAUCCAGAAC